AUGGGCAGAUCCAUCGCCAAAAGGAACAGGAGCCCCAGAGGACAUCAAAACCCAAGCCCCAGAAAGAAAUCACGUUCCUGCACCUAUCUGGGCCACAGAAAUUAUUCACUCUACAUAAACAGGGUCCGAAAAGAAGUGGUUCCUGAGAGGGGCAUAUCAUCUCGUACCUUUGACAUCAUGAAUACCCUGAUCAACAACAUCUUUGAGCGCAUUUCGACGCAAGCCUACAGCCUGAUGUGUUUCAGAAAUCGUCGUACUCUCACCCCUGAAGAUAUCCAGAAGGCAGUGUAUAUGUUGUUGCCUGGAAGACUAGCUAAGUAUGCAGUGGCUUUUGGAAGUGAAGCUGUCCAAAGAUAUGUCCACUCGUAA